AUGUCCAGUGUCGAUAUCAAACAGAACAAGUCCGUUCUAUGGGCCUACAAGAAAGACCUCCUGGGUUUUACGAGUCAUCGAAAGAAAAGAGAAGCAAAGAUUCGGAAAGAGGUGAAGAGAGGCAUUCGAGAAGCCAACACCGAAGAUCCGUUCGAAUUGUUCGUCACUCUCCACAACAUCCGCUAUGUCUACUAUAAGGAGACCGACAAGAUACUGGGAAACACAUAUGGAAUGUGCAUAUUGCAAGACUUCGAGGCAGUCACACCGAAUCUAUUGGCCAGGACGAUCGAGACAGUGGAAGGUGGUGGCUUGGUGCUGCUCCUGCUGAAGGGUAUGAAGAGCUUGAAACAGCUAUACACACUCUCAAUGGAUGUACAUUCAAGAUAUCGGACAGAGGCCCAUAACGAUGUCGUCUCUCGUUUCAAUGAACGUUUCAUCCUUUCUUUGGGCACUUGUGAGUCGUGUUUGGUAGUGGAUGACGAGCUCAAUGUACUCCCAGUAUCAGGUGGUAAGAAUGUCAAGCCGUUGCCACCACCAGCCACCGGAGAUGAGGAAGUGAGUGAAACGAAGAAGGAGCUGAAGGAGAUCAAGGACAACUUAGCCGAUACACAGCCUGUGGGAUCGUUGAUCACCCUUGCAAGAACGAUAGACCAAGCAAAGGCGUUACUUACUUUUGUCGACGCCAUCUCAGAAAAGACAUUGCGAAGUACCGUAACACUCACAGCUGCUAGGGGACGGGGCAAGUCCGCUGCAUUGGGUGUCGCAAUUGCUGCCGCUAUAGCGCAUGGCUAUUCCAACAUCUUCAUUACUUCUCCAAGUCCGGAGAAUCUGAAGACACUGUUCGAGUUCGUAUUCAAAGGAUUUGAUGCGCUCAACUACAUGGAUCAUGUCGACUAUACCAUCCUACAAUCCACCAAUCCAGAGUUCAAUAAAGCUAUCGUCAGAGUAAAUGUGCAUCGGCAGCACAGACAAACCAUACAAUACAUCCAGCCGCAGGAUGCUCAUGUGCUGGGCCAAGCGGAACUUCUUGUCAUUGAUGAGGCUGCGGCAAUCCCUCUGCCCAUGGUCAAGAAGCUUAUGGGCCCAUACCUGGUCUUCAUGGCCUCAACCAUUAAUGGCUAUGAAGGGACUGGCAGGUCACUUUCACUGAAAUUGAUACAACAACUACGAGAGCAAUCGCGAGGUGGUGGCAAAAGCAGUGAGGAUACAGACAUUGCAGACAGGUCGAAUGGGAAGCCCACCAAGAAUGGCGACAAGGUCUUUUCUGGUGGUCGUUCUCUGCGAGAGAUCACGCUUUCGGAACCAAUACGAUAUGCGCAGGGUGAUGCUGUUGAAAAAUGGCUCAACCGGCUUCUGUGUCUUGAUGCAACACUCCCCAAAUCACGGAUGAAUACUCAAGGCUGUCCACAUCCAUCUCAAUGUCAACUUCUACAUGUCAAUCGUGACACUCUUUUCUCCUUUCACCCCGUCUCCGAAAAAUUUCUACAGCAAAUGAUGGCUUUGUAUGUGGCAUCGCACUACAAGAACUCGCCCAAUGACCUGCAACUCAUGUCAGAUGCGCCAGCUCAUCAACUAUUCGUUCUUGUCCCUCCCAUUGACGACGAAGCAACUCGUCUCCCAGAACCACUCUGUGUUAUUCAAGUCGCACUUGAAGGUCGCAUCAGCAGACAAAGCGUUCUCAAUAGCCUCAGUCGUGGGCAACGUGCCGGUGGUGACCUCAUUCCAUGGGUUGUCAGCCAACAAUUUCAAGACUCCGAGUUCGCCGGACUCUCUGGUUCUCGAAUAGUCCGUAUAGCAACCAACCCUGAUUAUCUCAACAUGGGGUAUGGAUCUCGUGCAUUACAGCUACUCACCGAUUUCUACGAGGGGAAGUUCACCAAUCUUUCCGAAAACGACAGCUCCACCAUUCAAGACAUCGAAUCGAUGCCACGAGUCACGGACGCCGAGUUCGAAUCCACAUCGCUGCUCGAAGACACGAUAAAUAUUCGCGAUAUCCACACAAUGCCACCUCUGUUCAGCAAACUCUCUGAGUGUCGUCCUGAUCUUCUCGACUACCUAGGAGUCUCCUUCGGCCUCACCUCUCCUCUCCACAAAUUCUGGAAACGUGCCCACUUCGCCCCAGUAUACCUGCGCCAAACUCCGAAUGAUCUUACGGGCGAACAUACCUGCGUGAUGCUUCGGCCGCUUCUCAACAAUGACGCAGACGACGUCACCUGGCUUCCCGCCUACGCAUCCGAUUUUCACAAGCGCUUCCUAACACUCCUAUCCUACCAAUUCCGAACCUUCCCCGCCAUUCAAAGCCUUAGUAUUUCUGAAUCCGCCACAAAAGUUACCUCGAGUCCAAAAUCCAGUUCCGCUACCAGCACGUCUCCCCUAACAGUCUCAGACCUCGAAGCGGCAUUCUCUCCCUUCGACCUAGCCCGCUUAGAUAGUUAUGCAAACAACAUGCUAGAUUACCACGUAAUCCUCGAUCUUCUCCCACAAAUUGCCAUGUUCUAUUUCACAGGACGUCUGAGAACCUCUGUCAAUUUGUCAGGCGUCCAGCAAGCCAUCCUUCUUGCCAUCGGCCUGCAGAGAAAGGUGUUGGAGGAUGUAGAGCACGAACUUGGUGUCCUGGCUAGUCAGCUACUGGCUAUGUUUGUGAAGGUUGUGAGGAAGGUGUCGAAUUGCUUUCGGGCAUUGAAAGAAGAUGCUGUGGCCGAGACUUUACCGGCCAAGAGCGCAGGGGAUGUGGAAGCUGGAGAUGUGGUGGAUGGAAUGGACAUGGACCAAGUUCCACACCACGGCGCUGACACCAAUGCCAACACUCAUGUCCUCAAUUCAGAGGGUAAGGAGAAGAAGACUCCAGCUUCACGCUUCCAACCAAUCGCUCAGUCCCUAUCCGACGAGCUAGCAGAAGGGGGCAAAGAAGUAGACAGGGAGAUGAAGGAGAAGCAACGCGCGCUUAUCGAUGCGCUACCUUUGGAUCAAUACGAGAUUCCCAACACGGGCCCGUACCCAACCACGAACACCAACGGCAACAGUAACAGUAAAAGUAACACUGAUAAAUUAUGGGAAGACGCAGAGCGACAGAUCCGCCAGGCUGCUGCCGGCGGAGGAAGUACGACUGUGAGCGUGAAAUUAACCAAGGCCGCAACCAAGCGGAGGCUUGACGGGAGAGACAAGCAUGAAGAGGAGAAAGAGCAAAAGAAGAAAAAGAAGAGCGGAAAAGAUGGGAAGGAGAGGAGGGAGAGGAAAGAGCAUAGAUCCAAGAGAUAG